AUGGGCGUCUUGCAGCCCGUGCCGUCCGUCGUGACGGCCGACAACGCCGCCAUGUCGGGCCCGCACCUGCCAACCUCCGGACCCAACACCCGCUCCGGCGGCGGUGGUGGUGACGCCCACGACAGCAGCGACGAGGACAAUGACAAGUUUUACGAAGACGGCGAGGAAAUCUACCGCAAGUUCUCGCCCGGCCGGAAGCGCGUCAUCGUCGCCGUGCUCGGCUUCGGCGCCUUUGUGGCGCUCGUGUCCAGCACCAGCGUGCUGCCCGCCGUGCCGGAAAUCACCGACACGUUUGGCACCACGGACACGGUCGUGGAGAUUAGCAACGCCCUCUACAUUGCCCUGACCGGUGUCGGGUGUGUCGUCUGGGGCCCCAUGAGCCAGCUGUACGGCCGUCGCGUGAUUAUCCAAUGCGCGUGUGCGUUCUUCUGCUGCAUGAGCUUGGGCACUGCGCUGGCUCCCAACCUCGAGGCUUUUUUUGUCUUUCGUGCCUUGUCCGCCAUUGGAGGCUCUGCGUUGACCAUUCUUGGCAAUGUCAUCAUUAGCGACAUAUAUAAACCGACAGAGAGAGCAACCGCAAUAAGCUGGUAUCUCUCGUGUACCGUCAUCGGGCCAUCGUUUGGCCCCUUUAUGAGCGGCCUUAUAGUCCAGUUCGCCAGCUGGCGCAUCAUCUACUGGGUGCAGCUCGGCUGCGCGAUUGCCACCAUGGUAGCCGGCUACUUUCUCAUCCCCGAGACCACGCACCACAAGCUCAGCGAAGACAUGGCCCAUCUCCCGCGACGCGAAAAGAUGGCCGCCGUCGCGCGCAAGAUCAACCCGCUCCGCUCGGUGAGCCUUCUCCGCCACUUAAACGUAGUGGCGGUCAGCUUCGCCUCGGCCGUUACCCUGUUUGCGCUGUACUGCAUGCUGGUACCGAUUCGCUUCGUGCUGAACCCGCGCUUCGGGCUUGAUUCGCCGCUCUUGUCAGGCGUCUUUUAUCUGGUGCCCGGCGCGGGUUGCCUCUGCUCGACCAUGAUUGCUGGUCGAUAUGGCGACUGGACGGUGAAGCGAUGGAUCGAGAAGCGCGGCAGACGCAUUCCCGAAGACAGGCUGCGUGCCGGUAUUCCGGCUCUGGCGCUGCUACAGGGCGGCGGCGUUUUGAUAUAUGGAUGGACAGUGGAUAAGGCAGUGGGCGGGAUGCCCGUGCCGCUGAUAUUCCUCUUUGUUCAGGCUAUAGGUCAAAUUAUAGCCUCGACCAUGUUGAAUACGUACUGUCUAGAGAACACGCCCUCGCUGAGUGCUGAUAUUAUUGCCAUUUGCUGGCUUGUGCGCUACAUUGGGGCUUGCAUCGCUACAGCAGUGGCGCUUCCCAUGAUUCGGAGUAUUGGCGUUGGUUGGACAUUGACAAUCAACACCAUCUUGCUGGUCCUCAGCUCCUGCGUCCUUAUGGCCACUGUGAAAUGGGGUGAAGGCUGGAGGGCUGGAAUAGUCCCAGCAGAGGAGGCUGCUGCGCCGGAUCCAGCCAGAGGGCAGGCGCCUGCGGAAAAGAUGAAUCCUUCACAAUGUGGCUUUUGCUCCUGCGCGCCGGCAAACCUGUCAUCCCGAGAGGGCCGUAGUCUGAGGAAAGCGGCGACGGUUGCUAUUCCCAGUGAUAAAUCGUGCGGUCUCGACCGUCUGCAAACUAGUCGUGCGAGACGUUCCAGGCUGAGAGACAGAUAUUCUAAUUUUGGCUGCGAAGAGAAGGGGCACGUCCGGUGGAUGAAACUUGCCCUUGACUUGGCAAUUUUCCUAGUGGCAGGCAGCUCUGGUGAAGAGCUAUCAGUAAUACCAGCUGGAUGGCCUGUUUGGAAGUCUCGAAGAGUGGGCAGCAAGGCGCCACCUCUCUUCGGAGCUCCUGUUUCGAAAAGCCCCUCUCUAGUAUCCCGACAUUGGACUCCCCGGGCCGCGUGUCUGCAACGCAAUAUUGGACCCUCGUCUCCAGCGAAAGCCAUUGGCGUUUCCACGUUUGGCUACGGCGGGUGGAUAUUCAGGGGCCUUCAUCAAAAGCUUAGCAAGGUCGAGGAUGCCGAUCCGGUCGCUGGUGGUGUUUGUGGUUUGUGGUGGCGUGGUGUGGCAACAACCGUCGACCAGUCGGAUGGGCCAGAUCGGCGAAAGCGUUUGAGCAACGUGCGCCAGCCAUUUCGAGGUCGUCGAGGCAAGAUAACUAGUCUCUUCCAUGGCUCUUGCGCCCCCAAGCUGCAAGAUGGAGAAGAUGGUGCUGGUCCCAAUAUCCGUGUUGCCAGCAUUGCCAGCUGCCAGCUGCCAGUUCGUCUGUCGGACACCAAACGCCGUCUCCUGUUAAUCGCCUUUCAUCUGCACAUCUACACUUCUAAACUUCUUUCUUCUCGUACCUCGUUUUCCUUGACAGUCUUCUCAUUCUAUUCGAUUCUCCCUCGGCAUUCUUCUACUACUUUCGUCGGCUUGCCGCUUUUCCAUUCUCUACCCAGUCGAUUUUCCUUCUCGCACAUCGAUGAUUUGUCUGGCCACCAGCUCAAACAUCUAGUCGCAACUGAUGCCGAUCCAUUCCUUGUGCACGGGUUUCCUUUGAGCGUCGCUUUCACGCUGUCCUUCAUUAAUAUUGUUACUACCCUCGAAUUACUUUCUUCUUCCCGUUUGGACUACCACUCUCGGCUUUUGCGAAAUUCGCUGGCGAGCCACCAGUCCAUUGUUACCAACCUACGCAAACGAGGUCCUUGGCCCUCAAAUUCAACACAAAUGGAGUCAAAGAGACCAUUUUUCAAUUUCAGCAGCGAUUCGAGUCCUGUGUCCAUGGACCGGAAACGUGAACCCUUGCUGCCUUGCUCGGAGAUUGUCUCUGAAAAGAUGGCGGUCAGGUUACGCAAUCCCCUCAGCCACUGUCUCUACAAACGUAUCAUUAUAUGGACUGCGCUGAGUUUGUUCAUGGUCGGGUUUGUCUUAUUUGGCAAACAAGACGGCUUUGUGCAAGCUAUCGCCCCGGCGCAUACUUCUAAUACCGGCAAUGGCGCUUCAUCGAUCCCAGCUCAAGGGUCCGACACAGAGAACUUCUACGAAGGCGACGAAGGCGAUGAGGAUGAAUGGGCAAACGAGGAAGCGCAACGCAUAAUUGAUGCCGCCAGGAACGCCCAGGAUCAGUCGCAAAUUCAGGUGACACCAAGUAAGAGUGACUUAGAUCGCCCCAGCCAGGACAAUAGCCGCGUUGAAGAGCAAGACGAGGACGAAGACGAAGAUGGAAAUGAAGCUCUCGACGCCGAGUCUGAUUCAAAGACAGGCUCUCAGCUGCCAUCAGCCGACAAUUUGAACGGCAAGGGAUCCAAAAGUAAGACGGCCGGCCAGUCCACAGGUGACUUCGUCUCGGAAUCCGAUGAAGAGAAGCUAGAUGAGGAUGAUUUCGAGGAUGAAGAAGUCCCCGAAUACGACCAGCAUGCCGACGAAUCUGAGAUGAACAUUCGUUUGGAAGGCGAAAACACAGAGCAACUGAAGCAAGAAUUGGAAAAUUUGAAGAGAAUGCCUUGGCUUCGCUUCCCUCAUCUGCACGAUCCAGAGUAUCCCAACACGCAGCGAAGCGGCUCCUUCAAGGGCCGAGUUCCCUUAAACAAGGAGGUCCCAAAGCCGGCACCGUACAACCCCUACGAAGAAUCCGACGACAUUAAAACAUGCUUCUUAGACAAGGAGAAUAAGGUUCCGGCACCCAGCUUGUACGCUUACAAUGGCGUUCCCAGACAUAUGCCAGAUCCUGCCAUUGGUUCCUAUAGCAUGUUUGGUAUGCGUGACGAUGUAUGCUUUGACCGAUUCGGUCGCUAUGGUCCAUAUGGCUUGGGCUAUCGCUUGGCUAAGGGCGGAACAAGCGUCGGGAUGAAUACCGAAAAGUCUGACAGUGAUACUGUCUGGGAAAAGUCUGGCCAAAUCGAUUACGGCUCCAUGGACUGGGGUGAUGCCCAGGAACGGUGUUCUGAGCGUCACUGGAGUCGCUACCGGCAAGUCGACCCCAAGACGGACGAACUUGAGCCGCCAAGCGACUCCAAGAAAAGCCGACAGGCCAUCGUCAUCCGCCUUUAUACUGGUUUUAAAUGGACCUACCUCUCCGUCCUCAAUUUUCGAGCUCUCAUCUCCGAGGUUUCUCUCAAGUCUGGGGGUGAGUACACUGUGCACUUCUUGAUGCAUGUGAGGGACGAUGAUGCCCCCAUCUGGUCGGACGACGUGACAGUGCAGAGAAUUCUAGAUACCAAUGUUCCGCCCGAGUUUCACAACAUGGUCACACUAUGGAGUGAGGCACAGAUGAGGCUGUUUUACCCUGGCAGAUUCAACGCGCCGAUCCAGAACCCCAGCGGUGCAGACAUCCAUGGUGUCUAUCGCAGCGCGCACCUGCCACUUCAGGUGUUUUCCAUGCAGCAUCAAGAAUAUGAACACAUUUGGAACUGGGAGAUGGAUAUGAGAUUCCUCGGAAAUUACUACGAGCUCUUUGAUCGCCUCGGUAAGUGGGCAGACAAGCAGCCGCGUGUUCGUCUCUGGGAGCGCAGCGCGCGCUACUAUGUUCCCGCUCUACACGGCGACUGGGACAACUUCACCGAAGCUGUGGAGCGCCAGACUACCGAACAAGGAAGACAACUCAUCUUUGGCCCACUGCAGUUCCAUGGCAAGCGUCCUCUCCGCCAUGAGCAGCGCGGCCAGUCCAUUCUCCCAGCCAGCUGCGCCGUUGGCAAAGCUGCAAGUGAAUGUGGCGUUGGCGAGCCUGCCGACCUCAUCACUCUCAACCCUCUCUUUGACGCCGACAAUUCCGGCUGGGUCUUUGCGUACGAUACCACGGGCUACCCGUCGAACCCCCCGCGACGGUGCGCCAUCAUCACGGCGUCCCGUCUGAGCCGCCGCCUUCUCGGCGCCAUGCACGAGGAAGUGUGGCGCCACCACCACAGCAUGUUUGCCGAAAUGUUUCCCCCGAGCGUGGCGCUCCACCACGGCUUCAAAGCGACCUAUGCGCCGCAUCCGCUGUAUAUUGACCGCGCCUGGAGCCCGCUGGGUGGCGCCAUCGACGACGCCUUCAACGGCGGGCAGGACCACUCGACGUCGGGCCCGGGCAGCCCGUUUGACCUGACCAACGAGCAUAACCACAAAGGCGUCAGCUGGUACUACAACAGCGAGUUUUCGGGCCUCCUCUGGCGCCGGUGGCUCGGCUACGCGCAGAUGGACGGCCGUGGCCGCGCCGGCGGCGAGGGGAACCGGGGUGUCCUGCGGGGAGGGCGCGAUGAGGAAUCCAUGGAGGGCGGCACGGGGCGCAUGUGCCUGCGGAGCAUGCUGCUGCAUCCCAUCAAGUUUGAAGAUCCGGACGAACGGUCAGCGGCGCUCACUAUUGCUACAGGUACCUAUGCCCGCACAGACGGCUCAUGA